AUGGAGGAGUCUACGAUAAAGGAAGGUCUAGUGACCGUAAGAGGCAAAGACAGCAAUGACAAGACGCUGUUUUACAACCCUCCUCAGGUUCUGAACCGCGACUUGUCCCUCAUCGUCCUCAAGACCUUCAUAGAGCAAGAGAAGGAACAGCAUGAUGAGAGAAACGGGGAAUUUGUCGGCGUAAAUGUCCUGGAGAUGCUCGCGGCUACAGGUAUAAGGGGACUGAGAUAUAAGAAGGAGCUUGGAGACCUCGUGAGAUUUGUGGUUUUUAAUGACCUGGACAGGAAUUCAGCCGAGAGCAUCAAAGUGAAUGCAGAGAUGAACGGAGUCACUACUGAUCAGUUUCGAGUAAUUUGCGCUGAUGCCAACUUGCUCGCAAAUGUUUUAACGCCUCAGUGUGAUGUGAUGAGGAUAAUGCUCAUGCCAGGAGGCAUCAUGAAGAUUCCAUGUGGCUUCAAUCCCUCCAGACAGUUUACUCUAAUUGACCAGUUUAAUGAAAAGGUUGAUGGAUUUUUAAACUUACUCGCUCUCUCUCCACUUGAGAGUGAAUAUGAAUACAGAAACGUUAUUGAUGCCAUUGACGUGGAUCCCUAUUCCAGCGCCAGUGGGUUCUUGGACUCCACACUAAAGUGUGUAAAGAGCGGUGGUAUUGUGCUCAUAACAUCUACCGACAUGCCAACUUUGUGCGGUAAUAACCCACUGGUAUCAUUUUACAAGUACGGAGGGUCCAGUAUCAAGGCUUCCUUCUGCCAUGAGUUAUCACUGAGGAUUUUGCUCAACUCGAUCGCCACAACCGCCUCAAAAUACCAGAGGGUAAUAGAGCCUCUGAUAUCUUGCAGUAUAGAUUUUUACGUCCGCGUAUUUGUAAAGGUAACUUAUAAUCCCGAAAUGUGUAAAAGGGUGGCUUCAAAUUCUGGCCUUUUGCUCUUGUGUUCGCAGUGCGAUUCGUUUGAAAUUAUGAAGCUUGGGGAAUACGAACAGGGCACUAAGCAGAAGCCUGCCUCUGUUCCCUCGAAUUUUUCCGGAAAGUGCAGAGAAUGCGGAGGAAGGAUAAAGAUUGGAGGUCCGCUGUACACUGGGAAAUUGCACAAUUUUGACUUUGUAACAAGAUGUCUUAAAGAGGCUAAGGAGGCCAAGGAAAAUCUCCCUGGCGUUUCCAUGCAUGCAAAGAUUGUGGGCUUACUCACUUCCAUAUCAGAGGAACUGGAGGACGUACCUCUAUUCUACUCCAUACCGGACCUUUGCCAAAGAUGGAAUUUAUCAACAAUUAGUCCUUCCAUUUUCAAGGGGGCUCUGGAGAAUCUCGGAUACAAAUCAUCGCAUUUCCACAGGAAACCGCAGUCGCUCAAGACUGAUGCACCAAACAAAGUCGUCAUGGACAUUAUUAGAACACACGCCCAAAUGUCAGACAAGGUUUCCGAUCAUCCAUUUUUCAAAACCAAGAUCGAAACCGAGGGCAUUGAUUUAACAAUUUCCAGGAAGGAAAAGAGAAGUAGCGUGCCCAGAUGGAUUCCUAAUCCGACAAGUCACUGGGGACCAAAGAAGAUGCACAAGAGUGUGGCCUCCUCACUUGUCUAUGACGAGGGUACUGAGAAUGCAAGCUAG